AAAUUAAAGAUAUAGGAAAGAAGUUGAGUCACGUUUAAUGAUUGUUAGUUAAUACACUACGUGAGAUAUAAUUUGCGGGAAUACCAACGACGAAUGAGUUCGUGAAAACGUGCAUUAUGGCGAAUCAUCAUCCCUCGUACGACUUUGAAGACAGAAGUCAAAGGAUUCGCCAUCGAGUCGGCACUGCGUCAAGACCUGCAGAUUCCACUGUGGCUUGUACAAGUACUCAAUAUUACGUGGGACACAAUAGCGAUAUCACUGAGGAAGAAUUAGCAGAAUUACCUUCAUGUGUUUAUGCAGGCAGAUCCACGCAACAUAUCACGCACACAUCGCCACAUACACAUUCUCCUUUGCAUUAUCAUGUACCAGUUUCAACGCCAGAUCAUGACACAGAGAUGAACGGCGUAGAAGAAGGUUAUUAUCCAAAUGGCAGUCCUUAUAGAAUUCAAAGACACGCGGCUAAUAUUCGUGAAAGAAAACGUAUGCUGAGGUAA